AUGGCUGACCGGUUUAGCUUGUUGCCAGAUGAAUUGAUUUGUCACAUUCUCACAUUUCUCCCAACAGAAGAUGCAUUUACCACAAGUUUUCUUUCAAAGAGAUGGAAACCAUUAUGGCUCUUACUUCCCAAUCUCGACCUUGAUGAUGUACAUUUCAUAAAAAGUGGCAAAUCCAAAUCUCUCUUAAGGAAGAUGAUGUCCAUUUUGGUACAAAGUGUGCACCAGCAACACGUCAGAAGUAUCCGCCUCAGAUGUGCGUCGGCUUCUAAUUAUUUUGAGUAUGAAGAAGAAGACAGUGCCAACUUUAAUACAUGGAUAACUGCUGCAGCAGAAGAAGGAUUGAAGCACAUUCACAUUCACUUCUCUUGGAUUUUCAAUCAACUUGGUUUCAUUUUUAGUUUAAGAACUCUGGUUGUUCUUGAUUUGAAAUUUGUUUGUGUGCAUGCUUUUGGUAAAGUAGACCUUCCCUCACUUAAAACCUUGCGUUUGAAUAGAGUUGAGUUUUCAUUGGACUUCUAUCUUACAAAAUUACUUAACGGCUGUCCAAAUCUUGAGGAGUUUGAAGGAAUCAGUUUAUCAUCAGUGGUGAGCUGGGAUACUGAUAUCGAAUAUAAAAGCAGAAGCUUAUCCAAGUUGGCCAGGGCAAGCAUUUCACACUUAGAUGAAUUUAAUAUUCCUUUUGACAUCUUUUCUAACGUUGAGUUCUUUCUCUUAAAAGAGAUUGUUCUUGAUGAUCUUCCUGUAUUUGCCAAUUUAACUCGUGUUGAAGUCGUAUAUGUAAGAAGAAGUGUUUAUUGGAAAUUGGUAUUUGGUGUGUUUGAGAAUUGUCCCAAGCUUCAAGAAUUUUUCCUUGGCAAGCCACCGAUUUUAAUAUCGGAAGACAUUUUAUGGUAUUGUCCAUGUGUUGUUCCUGAAUGCCUUUCUUUGCAGUUUAGAAAGUGUACUGUUAUGAAUUAUAUGGGUGAAAAAUACGAAAAAGAGUUUGUAAAAUACAUUGUGGAAAACUCAACAUCUUUACCGGAGAUGGCCAUGCACACUCCGGCUUCGUUGGAUCCACAGAGAAGGCUUGAAAUACAAAACGAACUAGAAAAUUAUUGUAACCAAUAG